GCCCCUUCAGUGUGGAGGACCCAAUGACGGUAUCUGGUACAGACUUAAAGAACAGAAGGAGUCUUCCAGGGGCCAUCUAAAGUGCUGGAGUGCAGCUUGCCAUUGCCAGUUCAGUGUUUGUGGACAACUAGGCUUGUCGUUUUGCAUGUUGCUCUGACAGGGUGUAGGCACACCCAGAGAAUUCGGAGACGUAAACUGGAUUAAGAUGAAUUGUAUCCUGAGAGCAACAGACCACAGGAGCAAAGAGUAACAUGAAAACAAACCCCGCUGAAGAAUAUGAAGAAAAACCGAGAAAGGUUCUGCAACAAGGAAAGGGAAUUCGUGUACAAGUUCCAGGUAGGACGUGAGCGCUUAGAGCUGAGAGUGCCCCUCAGGUUUCCCGUGGAGGAGAAUGCCAGUCAUCUGCAUGGACGUCUGAUGCUGCUGCACAGCUUGCCCUGCUUCAUAGAGAGUGACUUAAAAGAUGCUCUGAGCCGGUUUAUAGAAGAAGAAUCCCUCAGAGACCAUGACAGCGAUGCAGAAGCAUGCUUGGAGGCCGUUAGAUCCGGUGAAGUAGAUCUGCACCAGCUGGCAAGUACGUGGGCCAAAGCUUACGCUGAGACCACCUUGGAGCAUGCGAGACCUGAGGAGCCUGACUGGGAUGAAGACUUUGCAGAUGUGUACCAUGACCUCAUCCACUCCCCGGCCUCUGAAACUCUCUUAAAUCUGGAACACAACUACUUCGUUAGCAUCUCAGAGCUGAUUGGUGAAAGAGAUGUGGAGCUGAAGAAGUUACGAGAGAGACAAGGUAUUGAAAUGGAAAAGGUGAUGCAGGAACUGGGGAAAUCGCUCACAGAUCAAGAUGUGAAUUCACUGGCUGCCCAGCACUUUGAAUCCCAGCAAGACUUAGAGAAUAAAUGGUCAAAUGAACUGAAACAGUCGACAGCUAUCCAGAAGCAAGAAUAUCAGGAAUGGGUGAUAAAGCUUCAUCAGGACCUAAAGAACCCCAACAACAGCUCCCUCAGUGAAGAGAUUAAAGUGCAGCCGAGUCAGUUCAGAGAGUCUGCGGACGCCGCUGGGAGGAUCUACGAGGAGCAGAGGAAGCUGGAGGAGAGCUUCACCAUUCACCUGGGAGCCCAGUUGAAGACCAUGCACAACCUGCGGCUGCUGAGGGCAGACAUGCUGGACUUCUGUAAGCAUAAGAGAACUCACGGGAGCGGCGUGAAGCUCCACCGUCUGCAGACAGCACUGUCUCUCUACUCCACGUCUCUCUGUGGCCUGGUUUUGCUAGUAGAUAAUCGAAUUAAUUCAUAUAGCGGCAUCAAAAGAGAUUUUGCCACAGUUUGCCAAGAAUGUACGGACUUCCACUUCCCGCGGAUUGAGGAACAACUGGAAGUUGUCCAGCAGGUGGCGCUGUACGCAAGAACCCAGCGCAGGAGCAAGUGCAAGGAGGCCCGCGAUUCUGGAAACCAAAAUGGAGGAAGUGAUGAUAAGUCUAAGAAUGCUGAGAGAAACUAUUUAAAUAUUUUACCUGGAGAAUUUUACAUUACACGUCAUUCUAAUCUCUCGGAAAUCCAUGUUGCUUUCCAUCUCUGUGUGGAUGAUAACGUGAAGUCAGGAAAUAUCACUGCUCGGGAUCCCGCUAUUAUGGGACUCCGAAACAUACUCAAAGUCUGCUGUACCCAUGAUAUCACCACGAUAAGCCUCCCUCUCUUGCUGGUGCAUGAUAUGUCAGAGGAAAUGACUAUACCUUGGUGUUUAAGGAGAGCAGAACUGGUAUUUAAGUGUGUCAAAGGCUUCAUGAUGGAGAUGGCUUCAUGGGACGGAGGAAUUUCUCGGACAGUGCAGUUUCUGGUACCACAGAGCAUUUCUGAAGAAAUGUUUUAUCAGCUGAGUAACAUGCUUCCCCAGAUCUUCCGGGUCUCCUCAACACUCACUCUGACAUCCAAGCACUAAACUCAUAGAUGGAAACACUGAGAGAAGAGGAUUUCUGAACUCUCUGAGAGAACUGUCCUGGAAUCCUGUUAAGCAAAAGGUGCCUAGUGGGAUCGAGCCACCUGUUAAGUGAUGAAGUAUGUUAUCAAACAUUCCAAAAAUGUGUACACGCCACAGACCAGAAGCCAGCUCCCAACUGAAGCAUUUACUCGGUCCCUUUAUGAAAUAAUAGCUCUUCUUUCUACUUAUAUGUCCUAUCAAGGAAUGACGGUGGUAACACUUGAGGUGUCUCUCAAAUAUGGACACUGUAUUUCGUUGGACUUCCGUGGAGACCUCUGAUUUUUCCAUGGCAUGAGUUCUGUAAUUAGGCAUAAAAGUACAAUUUUCCUUUUACUUUAUUUGUUAAAUCAAGAUUUAAAUAUACAUUUCAAGUAUAAA